AGUGAGUAAGUACCUAAUGAAAGUACAGAAUAGGCCAUUUUUAUUGGGGUAUUUACAUUUUUACAGUAUACUAUUUAUCUUUAAAAAAAAAUGUAUAGGCAUGUAGUCUGACCUGAAUCAUUGUACAUCAUGAAAUUGGGCAGGUUUCAAGUGUGAUUCAGAGGUAGUCUAGGCAGGGGGGAAAUGUUAUUAUGUCCACCUCCCUCCCUACCGAGGCAGUGCUUUGAUAAUCCUCCAAGAGUCAACACCCACACUGCUACAUAGCCUGUGUUUACUGUGUUACUACUCAUUUAUUUUUUGAGUUUUGGAGUCUAAUUUGGUGAAUAUGAAUCCUCAUUGUGCGCGCUGUGGGAAAAUUGUUUAUGCCACAGAGAAAGUCAACUGCCUGGAUAAGUAUUGGCACAAAGGAUGUUUCCACUGUGAGGUCUGCAGGAUGACUCUCAACAUGAAGAACUACAAAGGCUAUGAAAAGAAGCCCUACUGUAAUUCGCACUAUCCAAAGCAGUCAUUCACCAUUGUUGCAGAUACUCCUGAGAACCUUCGACUGAGACAGCAAAGUGAGCUUCAGAGUCAGGUGAAGUACAAGAAAGACUUUGAGGAGAGCAAAGGACGAGGCUUCAAAUUUGUGCUGGACACUCCUGAGCUGCAGAGACUACGACGAGCCCAGGAUCAGAUCAGUAAUGUGAAAUACCACAAGGACUUUGAGGUGAUGGGCCCACAAGGAGUCACACAUGGUGUUCAUGCGCCUUACCUUGUGCGUGGCCAGCUGCGUCAAAACGUCCAGACAGAAAAUACAGGGCACAAGGGUGUGCACCAGUACAUAGUGGAGAUGGCCCGGAGGCCUGGUGUCAUCGUAGCUCCUGUGCUGCCAGGCGCGUACUACCCCAGUGGACACGUCCAGGGGCACAGCUACAUGCACCAGACCAGUAUGCACUCCUUACGGUCCCUGCAGAGUGUGUACAGAGCCCUCUACGAUUACGUGAGCCAAGACACGGAUGAGGUGUCGUUUCGGGACGGUGACAUCAUCCACAGCGUGCAGCCCAUUGAUGGGGGUUGGGUGUACGGCACGGUGCAAAGGACUGGCAGGUCUGGGAUGCUCCCUGGUAACUACAUAGAGGGUCUCCACUAAGGCUUACCAAACUAACUCAAGGCCUGGAACACAUUCAAGUUGUACAACUGUUUUGAUACAACAGUUUGUCUGCACAAAAAUAAUUAAAGGCCUCAAUUCAAUCAGAUCGAGCGUAAAAACCCUCAUUGGCCAACAUCCGCAUAGUGUAUAACUGCGGUAUAAAAUGACAAAUCGGUGAGCGGCUGCUUUUGUGUCACCAACCACUCCUUUUCUUAUUAUCCCUACCGCGAUAGAAAAUGUAGGCUAUCGAUUAUAGAAAUAUUGACAGGGGCUAAUGCAUGUUUUCAUGUUCAUUUUGAUGGGUCGAUUUAUAGCCUAUCAGUCUAGUCAAGGUGUAGAUAGUAGAACAUCACACAUUCAAGUGUUUGAACUUGUAACAUGAUAUAAAGUUGGGUGUGGUUUCAUUGCAUCAAAUGUCAGUGUUCAGUGUCCAGCGCCUCGUGGUCUAAGGCACUGCAUCACAGUGCUAGCUGUGCCACUAGAGAUUCUGGGUUCAAUUCCAUGGGGCGGUGCACAAUUGGCCCAGCGUCGUCCGGAUUAGGGGAGGAUUUAGCCAGCAGGGAUGCUCUUGUCCCAUCGCGCACUAGCGACUCCUGAGGUUGGCUGGGCGCAGUGCAUGCUGACACGGUCGCCAGGUGUAUGGUGUUUCCUCUGACACGUUGGUGCGGCUGGUUUCCGGGUUAAGUGGGCAUUGUGUCAAGAAGCAGUGCAGCUUGGUUGGGUUGUGUUUCGCAGGACGCAUGGCUCUCGACCUUCGCCUCUCCCGAAUCUGUACAGGAGUUGCAACGAUGAGACAAGACUGUAACUACCAAUUGGAUACCAUGAAAUUGGGGAGAAAACGGGGUAAAAAUAACAUUUAAACAUAUCAGCGUCCGCGAUAAGGUAACACAAGGAGCCGCUUGUGGGUUUGACAGUUCUAACGCCACACCACCGCUCCGACACCACCAAAAUGACCGCUAUGCGGAUGUUGGUUUCGCUAAUGAUAGAAUCUAGCCCAACAGUAGUUGUACAACCUGAGUGUAUACUGGGUCUGACUGAGAGCAUUAUGUAGAUAAGAUGCACCAUGACACUCGAAGCCUCUGUAUGGUGAGGAUUUACAUCAAAAUAUACAAGUGGUAAUAGCAAUUGAAAUAAUGUUUUUGGAAAUAUAUGAACAAGUAAAGAUUCAAAUUCUGUACAUGUUUAAAAAUGAAUGUAACUGUCAUUUUUGUGUGCUUAUAGUAUAUAACAUGUUCUAUUCACAGCAGUGUGUGCACUACAAAGUAUGUUAACAAUUUGAGUGUUCCAUCUUCAAAUCUAAAGUUGUAAACAUGACAAAAUUCCAGUACGUAAUGUCAAGCUACUGUAUGCAACCUGUCACUUGCACGUCUUCGAUUCCAUGUCUUCAAUUCAAAUGCAGGCAAAAGGUUUGCAGGCAAAAGGUUUGCAGAUAAAUGUUUUAAAAAAAGGUAAAUAAAUGUAUUAACAUGAAGUAUUUUCUUGUUUUUCUUCUUAAAUAAAUGAAAGAUGACUGGCUGCAAUACA